UUUUUUGUUUUUGUGUCAGUUUUGUGUUGUGCGUAGUUGUGGUUUCGUUUCUCAUGGCUUAAAUUAUUUUAAUUUUUUAUUUUCUUUUAAUAUUCCGGUUUAAUAUUUCGGUUUGAGCUUGAUCUACGAUGGCUUUGUUACCGCCCGACCCUGUUUACACCAUACGAAAUGUCGACAAUACACCGGUUUUCUCUUUGGCAUUUAACUUUCUACCCGGCGGUCUCGAGAGGUUACUAGCCGGUUCAAAGAAUGGCUAUGUUUAUGCAUACAACCUUCAGACAAACAGAGUGCAACAAAAGAUAAAAGUUGGUCAAGCUCCCAUUCUUCAUCUUUUACAUACAGAAGAUCAAUUAAUUACUCAAGAAAAAGGUGGAAACUAUAAAAUAUUUAAUUUGACAAACUCUGGCUAUCAAGAGGAUACAUUAAUUGAUAUGGAUUACCCUGGUUUUUGUCGAUUUGAAGCCAACACAAAACUCAAAACACUAUAUGUACCUGAUAGGGAAUCCCAAGUAUAUAUUUAUAACUUUACUGGAGAAAAGAUUGGAAGUUUAAAACCAGAAUUUUCAGAACCAAAGUUGGGAGAUCCAAUGUGCAUGAAAUACAUUGAAUUAGCACCAGAAAAGUCUUACUUAUUAGUAGGGUAUGAAGCUGGGUGGCUUGUUCUAUGGGAUCUCAACACUAGUCAGGCGAUUGGUAAACUCCAAACUAAGGAAUGCCCAAUGUCAGUGGAUUUCUGUAAAGAUCAGCAAAGGGGUAUCAUUGGGAAUGCCUCAGAUGUGAUACAAAUAUUUAGUAUAGGGAGAAAAGACUUGAGCUUGGUCCAUGGUACAGAUAUAACAAUAAAAAAUCAUGGAAUUAAUAAAGUGCAGUCUCGACUUGAUGCAAAAGUUUUUGUUUCUGGUGGUUGGGAUGGCCAUAUUCGAAUCUACUCAUGGUUUUCAUUAAGGCCUUUAGUUGUCCUUACUGAACAUAAGAGAGCAAUCCAAGAUGUUGUUUAUUCUACCGAGAAAGUAUCCAUGUGGAAUGCAAACAUAAUGGCGGCAGGUGGCCUUGAUGGAGUUAUUACUCUUUGGGAUUUGUACAAUCAAAAGCAAUGAUUAAGGAAAGCUAUAUUCAGUCUAAUGUCAUAGAUAUUUGAAUGAUUGAUUCUUUAAUAAUUAUUUGCAUUAUUAAAUUUUUUUUACAAUUAUUGUUAUGUAUCAAUCUUCAAAUUAUAGAAAUUUACUUUAACAUCAAAGGUUGACUUAGAUUUGUAAUAAAUAUUUCUAAAAGUCACAUUCAGCUAUAAAAUUGGAUCUCAUUUUUUGUGUAUUUGCCAAAAGCAAAAUUAAUUACAAAGUACAACAUGGUAUCUACCAAUUGUGGCCAAGUCAUUAGAAUAAGUAUAAGUUUGUUACAAUAAAGAUAAUAAUAAUGACUAUUUUCCUUGAAUGAUUUAUUUAGCACUGUUUUCUUUCAACAAAAUUAAAUUGUAUUCAAAAUUA